UCCCGAAGGCACCAUGGCCACCCUCAGACCCCUUAUGAAACCCAAGAUCGUUAAAAAGAGGACCAAGAAAUCCAUCAGACAACAGCCUGACCGCUAUGUCAAGAUUAAGCAGAACAGGCGCAAGCCCAGAGGCAUUGACAACAGGAUGCGCUGCAGAUUCAAGAGCCAGAUCCUGAUGCCCAACAUUGGUUGUAGGAGCAACAAGAAGACGAAGCACAUGCUGCCCAGUGGCUUCUUCCUGCUCCACAAAGUCAAGGAACUUGAGGUGCUGCUGAUGUGCAACAAAUCUUACUGUGCUGAGAUUACUCACAAUGUAUCUUCCAAGAAUUGCAAAGCAAUUGUGGAAAGAGUGGCCCUGCUGGCCAUGAGAGUCGCCAACCCCAAUGCCAGGCUGUGCAGCAAAGAGAACUAUUAG